AAAAGCGGAAGAGGAAGAAGAGGAAGAGAGGCGGAAAUGACAGCACACAAACACCAACAACAAGCUGAGCAAGGAUGAUGAGGAGAGCCACGAUUGCUUCUUCCUCGUCUGCGUCGUCGUCUGCGUCGAGUGCCCGCCAGGCCCGCAGUGUACGUGGCACUCAGGGCGCCGGUGACACUGGGGAUGGUGGUAGCAGUGUUGGUGGUGGUAAUGACAGUGCCGGUGGCAUGAGGUCGCGCCGGCUGUUCAGCAUUGGUGCUGGCAUACGUGCCCGGCUCAGCACCAUCUCCACGCCAGCAUCGGCCAGGACACGGACACAGCAGCAAGGCAAUGCAGCAACUCAGCAACAACAGCAGCAACGCGGCCGCCACCUCACGUUCCAGACAAAGGACGACCGGCGCGUGCGGGUUCCCAUCCGCCACGCCAUGAUGAUGCCCACCAUCGCCCGCAUGUUGACAGAUCUUGGGGCAGAUGACCCCGACAUUGAAACGGAGGAGGAUGAAGAGCCCAUCCCGUUGCCAGCCACUUCAUCGGCCGCCUUUGACAAAGUCCUUGCAUGGUGCCGUCUACAUGAGAGCGACGAGCCCGUGAAUGCAACCAGUCGUGACGACAUGCCGACCAUCGAGGCAGACUAUCUCAAGGCGCUCGCCCCUCUCCAAGAUGGUGACAAGGCGUUGUUCGACAAGCUCUCCGCACCGUUUCUUCUCGAGCUCAUGACGACGGCAUCCUUCCUGGAUAUGGACGCCAUGUUCCAGACCGUGACCAAAGUGCUGUCCAGACGCGUUGCGGGCAAGCGGCCGCGUCAGGUGCCCGGUGCGCUUGGAAUAGCGGAUAGCUUCACCAUGGAAGACAAGAUUGCGUGCGUGCGCCGCUUUCCUUUCCUCUUGGACGGGUGUGAGGACAUCCCAGAGCUGUGUCAGAUCAAGGCCAUGCUGGAGCAAGAGGCAAUGCAAGCACCGUGA